AUGGAGAACCUCAGCAUCUCAGAACCGCCGCCUCAACAGGGAGGAGGGCCAGGCAUAGCGGCGCCCGCGCAGCUGCCGCCGCAAAUGUUUACGACGGCGGCGCAGCUCCUCGACCUGACGGACAAGAAGCUCAUGGUGGUGCUACGCGACGGGCGUAAACUCGUUGGCGUGUUGCGAAGCUGGGACCAAUUCGCCAAUAUUGUCUUGCAAUCCACCACCGAACGCCUCUUUGCCCUGCAACCACCACAGCCCUCCGACGCCGCUCCCUCCGACACAGCACCGCCGCGCGGGCUGUACGCCGACAUCCUGCACGGCAUCUUCCUCGUCCGCGGCGAGAACGUGCUGCUGCUCGGUGAGAUGGACCUGGACCGGGACGACCUCCCGCCCCCGGGGUACGAGCAGGGCGAGGUGGCGCUGGUCAAGCGCCUCGCGGACGAGGCCAGGGCGCGCGAUCGGAGCCGCGACAAGGCGCGCGCGCGUAAGCUGGCCAAGCUGGGCUUUGAGGGUGAUGCUGCGGGCGAGAUUGUUCUCUUGUAA